AAAAUAUAUUUGGAAGUUUGAUGUGUGAUGUGAGGAAUGAAUGGGUUGAAGCUGAACGGGGUUUAGGGAACAAAUAAAAGAGACUUAUUAUGAGGAAACGGUGAAUGAAUGUGUGUGUGUGUGCAGGAAAUGAUUGAUGGAGUCUGGUGAGAGUGGGGGUUCGUCGGUUCGAGAGGUGCGUGCAAAUGGAAACAGCAUUAAAACAUCAGAAGUUGAGGCUAAGCUUGAUGAAGGGAAUAUUCAAGAAGCAGAAUCAGCAUUGCGAGAAGGCUUGUCUCUCAAUUUUGAGGAAGCAAGAGCUCUUCUUGGAAAGCUAGAGUAUCAACGAGGUAAUGUCGAAGGGGCUCUUCGUGUGUUUGAUGGGAUAGAUCUUCAAGCAGCCAUACAGCGAUUGCAAUCUUCCCUUUCUGAUAAACCAGCCAAGAAAGGAGGUGGCUCAACUUCCACGAGCUCUCAGCAUGCUGCUAGUUUGGUGCUCGAAGCCAUCUUCUUAAAAUCCAAGUCUCUACAAAAGCUGGGAAAGUUCACUGAUGCUGCUAGUGAGUGCAAGCGUGUACUUGAUGCUGUUGAAAAGAUAUUUUCUCAAGGUAUACCUGAUGCUCAAGUGGACAAUAAAUUGCAAGAGAUAGUUAGCCAUGCCGUAGAGCUCCUUCCAGAGCUUUGGAAAGAGGCCGGUUGCUAUCCCGAGGCAAUAUCUGCAUAUAGGAAUUCCCUUCUUAGUCAAUGGAACCUUGAUAAUGAUUGCUGUGCAAGAAUUCAGAAAGCAUUUGCUAUGUUUUUGCUGUACAGCGGGGUGGAGGCAAAUCCACCCAGUUUGGCAGUUCAGACUGAAGGGUCAUAUGUACCUAAAAAUAAUCUGGAAGAGGCGAUUCUGCUUCUAAUGAUUCUUGUGAGAAAGUUUUGUCUUGGAAAGACAAAAUGGGACCCCUCGGUAAUGGAACACCUGACAUUUGCACUUUCAGCAUGUGGCCAAACCUCUGUUUUAGCAAAACAACUUGAAGAGUUGAUUCCUGGUGUAUAUCAUCGUAUUGACCGUUGGAAUUCAUUAGCACUGUCUCUCAGUGCAGCUGGACAAAGCAAAACUGCAUUGGAUCUGCUAAGAAAGUCUCUGCACCGACAUGAACGACCGAAUGACAUGAUAGCAUUAUUAUUGGCUGCUAGAAUUUGCAGUGAGGAUCCUCAUCUUGCUGCAGAGGGUGCAGGCUAUGCCCAGAGGGCAGUCAAUAAUGCUCGGGGUCUAGACGAGCAUUUAAGAGGUGUAAGCCUUCGGAUGUUGGGACUUUGCCUGGGAAAGCAAGCUAAGGCUGCUUCCUCUGACUACGAGAGGUCUCAUCUUCAGGCCAAAGCUCUCCAAUCAUUGGACGAGGCAGCUAGAUUGGAGCAAAAGAAUUCUGAUCUAAUUUUUGAGUUAGCUGUUCUAUAUGCAGAGCACCGAAAUCUGCCUGCAGCUUUACGCUAUGCGAAGCAGUUCUUUGAUGAAACUGGUGGAUCUGUAUUGAAAGGAUGGAGAUUGCUGGCUCUAGUUUUGUCUGCACAGAAAAGAUUUUCAGAGGCUGAAGUGGUGACAGAUGCUGCUUUAGAUGAGACUGCAAAAUGGGAGCAAGGUCCACUUCUCAGGUUGAAAGCGAAGCUGAAGAUUUCCCACUUAAAAAUUUGA